AUGAAAAUUCAAACCCUGAAUGGUUUCAACAUACAACGAAAAAUCAUCGCUACUGGCGCAGAUGUGCGCCUGGAACUUCAUGGUUAUUGCGACGCUAGCGAACGGGCCUACGGAGCCUGCGUUUAUAUACGUAGCAGCAAGUCUCGCGAAUUAAUUCAGGUGCAGUUAUUGUGCUCAAAAUCGCGUGUCGCCCCUUUGAAGGCAAUAUCUAUUCCAAGAUUGGAGUUGUGCGGUGCUCAGCUGCUAGCCCAGCUGAUGACCAAAGUAAAGAAAGCACUGGAGCUGGCGAUAACCAAGACGUACUAUUGGACAGACUCAUCGAUCGUCCUCCAUUGGAUCAAGGCGACUAACAAAAAAUUACCAGUCUUCGUGGCUCAUCGCAUCGGCGAAAUUCAGGAAUUAACAUCGAUGGACGAGUGGAAUCAUGUGGGAACUAAAGAGAAUCCUGCCGAUUUGGUGUCUCGAGGUGUGACUCCGAACGAGCUAAAGAUGUCUCAGCUGUGGUGGAACGGGCCUCAAUGGCUGCAGAACGGCGACGUCAUCGAGUGUUGCCCGGAAUUACCAGAGAUUGACGAGAUUCAACUUUACGAAUCAGUCGGAUCAACGGUGAUCGCAAUGCCUACGCAAAAGCAUAUCGAUCCAUUCGACAAAUUCUCAACGCUCAACAAGCUCGUCAGAGUGGCCGCAACGUGUAUACGAUUUGCGCGAAUCUGCAAAAAGGAGUCUAAACAAACGCUCACUGGUCCAUUGUCAGUCGAUGAAUUAGAGUAUGCGAGAAAACGGCUUAUAAAAAGGGAGCAACAAUCAGUGUUUUUCGAAGAAUUUAUGGCUCUGGAAAAGGGAGAUGAUAUUUCAAAAUGA